AUGGCCGCGCGACGCCCUGUGCUGUUCGUCCUUGCCGUGGCGGCAUGCGUCUGGCUGUUCUCGGCCAGCGCUCCUGAAGCUGAGGAGGUCUUCGUGGUCCAAAGCCCUGCCCUUCGUGGCCAGGCAGGUGCCUUUGCCGGCAGCAGCAUCGAGCUCGCUGCGGUGGAAUCACCGGUGGUGCUGAAGGCUCUUCCGGAGCCUCGCCCCAACGAUGCCAUGCUGCCGGUUGAGCUGAACAGGACUUCUCUUUACUGGGGCUUGCUGCUGAUUUGCAUCCUCUCGGCCCUAGCCGACACGAUGGCCGCGCGACGCCCUGUGCUGUUCGUCCUUGCCGUGGCGGCAUGCGUCUGGCUGUUCUCCGCCAGCGCUCCUGAAGCAGAGGAGGUCUUCGUGGUCCAAAGCCCUGCCCUUCGUGGCCAGGCAGGUGCCUUUGCCGGCAGCAGCAUCGAGCUCGCUGCGGUGGAAUCACCGGUGGUGCUGAAGGCUCUUCCGGAGCCUCGCCCCAACGAUGCCAUGCUGCCGGUUGAGCUGAACAGGACUUCUCUUUACUGGGGCUUGCUGCUGAUCUGCAUCCUCUCGGUGCUCUUCUCCAGCUACUUCUUCAACUGA